AUGGAACAUGUGCUAAGUCAACUCAAGUCAAAUCCAGCUCAUAAACGAGCGAUAUGCGAUCUAUACCGAGUGAUUUUGCGCAAGGCCGUGAGGCUACGAAAAUGUGGAGAUGAGCGAGGCAAAACACUCUACUGGGAAUUGAAAAUCGGGGCUUAUGAAGCAUUCACCAAGAAUUACCACACCACGUUUGGCAUUGCUCAAGGCGUCCAACGUGGAAUCCAUCUAGUGGAACACUUAGAUGCAGCGCUUGAUACUGGCAACUGGGCGCCUCUUACCCGGUGGGUCCAGGACUACCACGACUCGCUAUGGCAAUGGCAGAAACGUCGAGUGCAAUUUUUGCACAACAAGAAAGAAAUCAACGAUAGGAGCAUCAAUUUGAAACGAGGCAAGGCUUACUCCUUGGCCCACUUAAAGAGGCAGAAAAUCGGUCAGCCAUUGACUGAAAGUCCCAAAUUGUCAACUUUAGACUUGUUGAAAAGCAAGCGGCAUCAAGCUAGCAAGAAUGGUCAAAUGUUGUUGCUACGAUACAUUAAUCGACUAAUCGUUGACGGCAAGAUCCCCAAUCCGCAACUAUUGCCAUAUACCAGUGACAACUUGCGAGCAUCGGGAGAUUCCUACCACAGUUCGCACGUGGUAGCCGCGCUGAAUCAAGAUCUGGUGAAUGAAGCAUUUGACCAAGACAUGGUUGAGGCUUUGCUAGUGCCCGAUAUGGAGUUUGAAAUCAACGAUAUGUACAUGAACCAGCUCCAGCGGGUAGUGAAUGAACAUGGCCCGUAUCAAGCCGUCGCCAAAGUCACACAAGCUGGCGUUCGCGGGGUGCCGUAUUUAAUGUCGCCUUUUAAAUAUGCCAUCGGUAGGAAAGAAGUUAGUCAAAGGAUCAAGGAACAGGUCUUGUGCUCUCGAAUACUCAACAUUUGGAACUCCACGGAGCCAGUGGCUGAGGAAAAUAUGGACAAGUCGGGGAUGUAUGGAGUCAAGGGCAGUAAAGGGUUUGGCGAUGACGAGUUGAUUAGACCGCGCCUGUUUUAUCAACGUUAUGGCGAGGAUGAAGAGAUGUAUGAGUGGUUUUUGGAGCGUGCAACGAAGCAACGCGAGGCAACAACAGCAACAGCAGCAGAGGAAGAGGACAUGGGGCUGGCGAUUGAUUGGACUAGCGAGUUGGCUGCCGUGACGCAGAUGAUUGGAGAUAAGCUAGCUGACGCGUGCGGUCGGCCGUUGAGUUUUGAUUUGCAAUUGGAGCAAGAGAGACUCCAAAAACUGUGCGAUGAGAUGUAUUGCGCUCGAGCUGAGCGGUACCAUGCAUUGAUUCUGGAUCUAAAGAAGUACAAGGUGUUGAAGCAUAGUGAGAUUGUCUCGCCGCCGAAUUCGGCGGUGCCGGUUGAAGCGAAACUCAAGAUGCCCCAGCGAUAUUAUAGUGCGGAAGAUCGUGCUGGUAGAGGAAUGAAAUUGGGCGACUUUAUGAAACUGCACAAGUUGCGCUCGUUUCAAUUUGGCAAUGUCAUUGAAAAAGAUGGCGAUAAAAUGUUGAAAGAGUUGAGUCGUCGUUGGUGA